UUGCCCCCGAACCCCUCCAGACCCCCCCGGACCCACCAGGCAGGAGAGUGUCCGCCCCCACCGUGCCCUGGGGACGUGCCCGGGGGUCCCCCCGGGGAUCCCGAAGCCCCCGGGCGUGCAGGGGUUCCCCGGCUCGGGUCUGGGGGCGCUCACCCCGUGCCCCCCCACCGCAGGUCCCCCCGUGGCCCGGACGGAGCCGGAGCAGAUGGAAGCACCGGGAUGCACCGGCUCAGAGUGGCUGGUGGUCCCCAAGGCGGAGGUGACCCCCGAGGACGAUCCAGGGGACCCAGGGCUCCACGACUCAGGGCACUGGCUGGUGCGGAAGGUGAAGGUGGAGGAGGAGGAGGAGGAUGAGGCCGAGGCCCCGCAGCCCCCGCCCGGCGCCUUCCCCCCCGGCCCCGCCUGCAAGGCGGAGGAGCCGGGCUACGGGGUGCCGCCGGCCUGGGGGCCCGGGCCGCGCCUGGACGCCAUCGGGAUCGGCUUCGAGGCGGGCACCGGCACCGGCACGGGCGCGGGGACGAGCCCCGGCCCCGGCGGCGGCCCGCGGCCGUUCUGCUGCCCGCAGUGCGGGAAGGCCUUCGGGAAGAAGGCGCACCUGACGCGGCACCUGCGGGUGCACACGGGCGAGCGGCCCUUCCCGUGCCCGCACUGCGGCCGCCGCUUCCGCCAGCGCAUCCACCUGCGCUCGCACCUGCGCACGCACACCGGCGAGCGGCCCUACCCCUGCCCGCGCUGCGCCCGCCGCUUCCGCAAGAAAACGCACCUGGACCGGCACCUGCGCACGCACACCGGCGAGCGCCCGCACCCCUGCCCGCGCUGCCCCCGCCGCUUCGCCCACCGCCAGCACCUCCUGCGGCACCUGCGCCUGCACGGGGACCCGGCCCCGGGACGCGGGCACGCCGAGGAGGAGCCGCCGCCGUGCCCGGGCUGCGAGAUGAGCCUCGCCUGGAAGCAGAGCCCGGCGCCGCAGCCGGGGCUGCACGCGGGACCGGAGCCGGGAGCCGGGAAUGGACACCCGGACGAGCAGCGGGACGGGGACGGGGACGGCCCCGCCGAGGAGCAGCUGCUCAUUUGCCCCCGGUGCGGCACGGGCAUCGCCUGGAAGCAGAGCUCGGCGUCGCGCCUGUGGCAGCAGCCGGAGAGCCGAGCCCUCGGCUGUGCCCAGCACCCCCUGCAGCCCGGAGCCCAGGACCCCCCGCGGGUGCCCACGGCCGAGCCCCCCUUCGUGCGGGACCCCCGGCUCCUGUCGCAGGUGCCCGCUGCCGACUGCGGCCACGGCUGCGCCCAGGACCCCCCGCCCCUCCCGCAGCCCCCGCAAGUGCCCGGCGCCCAGGACCGCCAGCGGGUGCCCGCUGCCAAAAGCGGCCAGGGCCGUGCCCAGGACCCUCGGGACCCCCCGCGGGCGCCCCCCGCCCAGCGCCCCUUCGCCUGCCCGCAGUGCGGGCGCGGCUUCGGGCGCAAGGCGCACCUGGCGCGGCACCUGCUGGUGCACUCGGGCACCCGGCCCCACGCCUGCGCCCGCUGCGGCCGCCGCUUCAGCUCCAAGACCAACCUGGGCCGGCACCAGGCCGUGCACACGGGGCUGCGGCCCCACCGCUGCGCCCGCUGCGGCCGCGGCUUCACCCGCAAAACGCACCUGGAGCGCCACGAGCGCACCCACGGCACCGGCACCGGCACGGGGGCGGGGAUGGGCACUGCCACCGCUGCCACUGCCACCGCUGCCACGGGCACGGGUGUCACGGCGUCCCAGCUGAGCUGGCCAGAGCCCCCCACCCUGUGCCCCUGAGCCCCCGCAGGUGCCAGGGGCUGCGGUGGAUGCCGGUGGUGAAUCCUUGGCACUGGCGUGUCAGGAGGUGCUGGGAGGUGCCACGGGCCCUGAUGGCUGCCGGUGGUGGGUCCUGGCACUGGGAUGUGCCACGGGACCCGGUGGCUGCCGGUGGCACGUCCUGAGCGCUGGGAAGUGCCGGGUUCCUCCGUGGCUGCCGGUGCUGCGUCCUUGGCAGCGGGCUGGGCCGGGCUGUGCCGGUGCCUGCAGCAGCGCCGGUGGUGAACCCCGGCCCUGGGACGUGCCGGGAUGUGCCGGGAUGUGCCGGGGCCGGUGGUGACCCCCAGCUCUGGGAUGUGCGGGGAUGUGCCAGGAUGUGCCGGGAUGUGCCGGUGCCACAUCCUGAGCUCCGGGAUGUGCCGGGGCCGGUGGUGACCCCUGGCCCUGGGACGUGCUGGGAUGUGCCAGGAUGUGCCGGGAUGUGCCGGUGUCGCAUCCUGAGCGCCGGGAUGUGCUGGGGCCGGUGGUGACCCCCAGCCCUGGGACGUGCCGGGAUGUGCCAGGAUGUGCCGGGAUGUGCCGGGAUGUGCCGGGAUGUGCCGGUGUCACAUCCUGAGCGUCGGGAUGUGCCGGGACCGGUGGUGACCCCCAGCCCUGGGACGUGCCGGGAUGUGCCGGGAUGUGCCGGUGUCACAUCCUGAGCGCCGGGAUGUGCCGGGGCCGGUGGUGACCCCCGGCCCUGGGACGUGCCGGGAUGUGCCGGUGCCACAUCCUGAGCGCCGGGAUGUGCCGGGGGCCCCGGCAGGGGGAUCCCACAGGGUCCCACAGGGUCCGGGCUCGUUCAGCAGCCGCCGGAGCGUUGUGGCCGGUGGCGCCGGAGAGCCCCCGGUGAGGGGCGCGGGGGGGACACAGGGGGGUGUCCCCAGCGCGGCGCGGCCGUGGGCGGGGGGCAGGGGCUGCGCAGUGGAGCCCGGCUGCCAAUAAAGCCGUUUUUAUGGAAUU